UCGCUCUUCCGCUGCCGAUAACGCCGGAGUGAAGUUCUGACAGCUGAUUCACCAAAACAACUUUUAUCCGCUCCGAGCCUCAAACUCCCGGUUUCCAAGGGAACCGAGACCCGGAAGUCGCUCCAGUCUCUGGCUGCAGGUUCACACAGCGCCUUAUAAACAGAGGAGGGGGCAGCCGAUGAUGGUGUAGCACGGAUUGCUAGCUCUGAGACAGCAGGAGUUUGAGCAGCGGUGCAGCGCAGCGCAGCACAGCUCGGUGUGGAGCGGACUGAGGCAUAUCACAGCGGCGCAGCCAUGCUUACACUGGCCAGCAAGCUGAAGAAGGAUGACGGAGGGAAGACGGGCCGUGCCUCCGGAGCCUCAGACUCCACCCACAGGGUCUCCAUCAGAGACCGCCUCCUUACCAAAGAAGUUGCAGAACUUGAAGCCAAUCUCCCUAGUACAUGCAAAGCCAAUUUCCCAGAUGAGGAUAAGCUGCAUCAUUUUCAGCUGGCAGUGUCUCCCGAUGAGGGUUACUACCAAAGCGGGAGGUUUCAGUUCGAAAUAGAUGUCCCUGAAGCCUAUAACAUGGUGCCUCCUAAAGUGAAAUGUCUGACCAGAAUAUGGCAUCCUAAUAUCACAGAAAAUGGAGAGAUCUGUUUGAGCUUACUGCGGGAACACUCUAUCGACGGCACUGGCUGGGCCCCCACUAGGACAUUAAAGGAUGUGGUAUGGGGAUUGAACUCCUUGUUUACUGACCUGUUGAACUUCGAUGACCCGCUGAACAUCGACGCAGCAGAGCAUCAUCUGAGAGACAAGGAGGAUUUUCGGAAUAAGGUUCAAGAUUACAUCAAGCACUACGCCAGAUGAUAGGAGCACCGGGCGCCCCGCACCAGCCUGCACCACCCAACCAAACCGCUCUACUUCGCUUAACUCGGUCGACCCCCCCCCCCCCAACGUGUGAAUCAGCAGCUGACUCCUCCCCCCCCCCGUUCACCCAGUUGCAAUAAGCUCCACAUUGCAGGAAUAUAAUCAUUUAAAAAAAAAUUAAAAAAGCAGAAAAUAAUGCUGGACUUGCAUACAAAAGAGAAUUAUGCUUUAAUUAUGCUAAUCGACUGACCGUCACGACCACGAUGUCAGCGCGUCACGGCGAGGUCCGUGAACGGCGCUCCUCCUCGCUGAGGUGACGGCGAGCGCCUCGGCGACGCAGCGCCGCGCCCGGCCGUUUCGAAACUUGACGAAUGAAGAGAAACAAUAUCUGUUACUAUCAGUUCUCUGUUCCAGUGCCUGCCGUGUUUGUGUCGCAAAAGAGGAAAAAAAAAAAUGCAUGUGAGUUCACAAACGUGCACACGGACGCCGCGUCGCGUCGUGUGGUGGAAGUUGAGCGCAGAGAGACACACACACACACACACACACACACACACACUGGAGAAGCCUCCAGCCCCAUUAGACAGCAUGCGAAUGACCACAUUGACCCAUUUUGUUGUCAUUCUUUUUGCAUGUACACACACACACACACACACACACACACACGUGACAUUAAAUACUGCCACUAAAACCACAGCCAAAUGUUUUGCAGCUUAAAUUAAUUUUUCCACCUCUUAUUUUGCUCCUUCUUUCUGUGUCUCACACACACACACACACACACACACACACACACACACACACACACACCUUUUCCUCUCUUGGUUGUAGAGGUUGAAUCAUGCAGUGCAAUCACAAAGUCGUUGGAAGCGUCGUCAGCAUGGUACUGAGAUCACUUUAUUUAAAAUCUGCCUGUUUUUUUUUUUUAACACACUUUUUAACCGUAGAACCUCAGACAUUUGUAUUUACUGUUUUUAUCACAGUAGUGUAUUGAACAGUUCGCUGUUCGCCAGUGAAGUGUAGUAAAGUGGCUCGAGAUGAGCCCAGUUACUAAUGCUGCAAGAUUGCCGGCUCCCGAAAAUAACCCUCACACACUUGAAAGUUCUCAGUCUGCUCCCUCCGAGGACGUUCAGCAUUCAUCGUCAUGGGGUUUAAUGGGUUUUCAUCAGCUGUGAACAUGUUGUGUGGUUUGAUCUGUGCGUGUGUUUGGAGAAGCAUGCAGCUGCACCGGCCUCUCAGUUUAAACUUUUGUCUGCUUAACAUUCCUGUUGAACAUCUCAGUCCGAUGGAAUAAUGAAACGUCACCACUGACAGAAGCAGUACUUUGACCAAUCAGAAUAUGACUCUCAUCUAUUAAAUAGUUCAUUUUAUGUGUAAUCGACAGUACAGACAGGUAUUUGUGUGUUUGCCCAAAUAAUGAGAUUUUUUUUUUUUUUUGCUCAUCGAAGUAACUGCUUCAGUCUGUCACUAAUAAAUGUGGGGGAAAAAGCAGGAUGGAUAAAAGCCUUAAAUGUAAUUUGUGGAAUUCACAUCAUGCCUCUUUUGGAUGGUAAUAAUGAGUCACCGGCCGUCAAUCUGUGUUUUGAUCAUGUCAGAACACAGAUUUACAGUUGCAUCAGGAAGCAUCAGAUGUUGUAAUGUCUCAAUACACCGUCUUGUGGCACAAACUGGUAUUGCAAAACUAGAUUUACAUUUAAACUUCAAAAAAGCAACAUAUUCAAUGUAGCAUGCUUAUUUUGUUCAGCUUUCCAUGUCACUGCAGCGAAUUGCUUCUCCAAACCAGACACCAAUCACGUUCCACUGAAGACCCAUCUUCCACGUUGAGCUCAGACCCGGUCUUUUGUUGUCACUGUGCAUCACAGACAGUAAAACCAACAGGAAGCUUUCCACUGACACUUUGUGGCUGCACUGUACACAGACCCUGUCACUCUGGAGGUUUCCCACGCUCACAUGUCGGAGUGCGUCUUCCUGAGAGGACACGGCUCCAGUCUGACUGUGUGAUUUCACUCUGAAUGUGUGUGGAGGUGCAUGAAGACUCUCAGACUGCUUGAUCCAUCAAAACUCCUCCUCCUCCGCAUUGGAGAAGCUAAAGUUUGCUUGUCGGUGGAUUCCAGCGCUCGACGGGAUCU